CGACCACCCUAAUCGACAAAAAUGGCGUCUCGUCCUACCGUCACCAUCGCCGGCGCUGAUGGCAAGCCCACGGGGGCUACCUACCCCCUGCCGGCUGUUUUCGCCUCGCCCAUCCGUCUUGAUGUUGUCCAGCAGGUGCACACCGGUAUGGCCAAGAACAAGAGACAGCCCUACGCUGUGAGCGAGAAGGCUGGUGAACAGACCUCCGCUGAGUCCUGGGGUACCGGUCGCGCUGUCGCUCGUAUCCCCCGUGUCUCCGGUGGUGGUACUCACCGUGCUGGUCAGGCUGCUUUCGGUAACCAGUGCCGUUCCGGUCGUAUGUUCGCUCCUACCAAGGUCUGGCGCAAGUGGCACCAGAAGGUCAACGUUGGCCAGAGACGUUUCGCUACCGCCUCUGCCCUCGCUGCCUCCUCCGUCCCCGCCCUCCUGUUCGCCCGCGGUCACCGCGUCGCCAACGUCCCCGAGGUCCCCCUGGUCGUUGACUCCAAGACCUUCGAGAACGCCGCUCUCACCAAGACCAAGGCCGCCGUCGCCCUCCUCCAGGCCGUCGGUGCCGGCUCCGACCUCGUCAAGGUCCAGAAGUCCAAGAAGAUGCGCGCCGGUAAGGGUAAGCUGAGGAACCGUCGUUUCCGCCAGCGCCGCGGACCCCUGGUUGUGUACAACCCCGAGGUCGACGGCAAGGAGCUCGUCCGUGCCUUCCGCAACAUCCCCGGUGUUGAGACCUCCCCCGUCUUCUCCCUCAACCUCCUCCAGCUCGCCCCCGGUGGCCACCUCGGUCGCUUCAUCGUCUGGACCUCCUCCGCCUUCCAGGCCCUCGACCAGGUCUACGGCACCACCACCUCCCCCGCCGCCCUCAAGAAGGACUUCCUCCUCCCCUCCAACGUCGUCGCCAACGCCGACCUGGCCCGUCUCAUCAACUCCUCUGAGAUCCAGUCCGUGCUCCGCGCCCCCAAGGGCGAGGCCCGCACCAAGCGCGUCAACGUCCAGAAGAAGAACCCUCUCCGCAACAAGCAGGUCAUGCUCCGUCUCAACCCCUACGCUGCUGCUUUCUCCAAGGAGAAGCUCGGCCAGAAGACCGUUGAGGCUGAGAAGCCUGUCCGCGCUUGCAAGGAGUUCCUCAACACCCUCCGUGAGGACUAGAUGUUGGGCUUGGGCUUGGACUUGGGUCAACGGGUAUGAUAUGAGUUUGUUUAAUUCGGUUUAAAAGUAGCCAAUGAGGUUCAUCCAAAAUUUGUCUUCUCUCUCUCUCUGUAGUCGGUAAAUAGUUGUGUGUCUGCCAAUUUUUUACCAUCUACAGCUGGC